AUGGCUAUCGAGGCGGAGGGUAGUGCGGGCAUAUCGAUCGAGCGCUCGGAGGCCAUCCCCAUCGAGACCCCUACAAGGCGCAAGGGACGAGCGAAGCUACUACAUGGCCUUCAACGCAUCUCCUCGUCGCCUUCUCUUGCACAGCUGGGUAGAAGGAGAGCGGCAAGCAGUCCAUACAGUGGCAGAAGCACACUGUCUUGUGUCAGCUUGGUAUCUGCAACCUCUCCGCGGAACUAUGACAAUUCGUAUUCCUCCCAGUCAUCUGGAGCAGGCUACUCAACCGCUCCAACUUCUAUUCCAAGUACGCCCGGUCUCGAUACACCGUUUUUCGACGGUUCAUACGAUCGAGUUCCCAUCCGGAGGGUAGAACACGGUGCUAUGACACCCGCUACUUCAACCAGUGCACUCCCUCUUGACGUGAGACCAAUGUCCAGAGGAGCUCUUCCCCCUUUCGCCGAACAUUCGCCCAUCCAUGAAAUCCUAGAAGAUUACUUCUCUCUGCCGCUCGCCCCGCGGAAGCCAUCUCGACGAACCAGCUUUGAUUUCUGGGGAGAAAUGCCACACGAAAUCAAACUCACAAUCUUCUCGUAUUUGGAGCCCAAGCAAUUAGUACGAGCCUCAAUUGUAUGCAAACACUUCCACGAAAUUUGUUUCGACGGACAGCUUUGGACCUGCUUCGAUGCUUCAGAGUUCUACAAGGAAAUCCCAGCAGAGUCUUUGGCAAAGAUCAUCGUGACGGCAGGGCCUUUCGUUAAGGACCUGAACCUACGAGGUUGCGUACAAGUGGAGCACUACAAGCGGGCGGAAGUAAUAGUAAAGGCAUGUCGGAAUCUCAUGAAUGCCACUCUCGAGGGCUGCCGGAACUUUCAACGUUCAACAUUACACAAUCUCCUAAGAACAAACGAUAGGUUGGCUAAUCUUAAUCUCACUGGGCUCACGGCAGUCAACAAUGGAACAUGCAAGAUCAUAGCUCAGUCGUGUCCAUCCUUGGAGAUGUUUAAUGUGUCUUGGUGCGCUCAUAUGGAUGCUCGUGGCAUCAGGGCUGUCAUCCUUGGCUGUCCGAAGCUCAAAGAUUUGCGAGCACGAGAGGUCAGGGGCUUCAACAACCUUGACCUGGCUCAAGAUAUCUUUGAAACCAAUAGAUUGGAAAGACUGCUGCUCAGUGGUUGCACUGACAUUACAGAUGAAGCCCUAAAGACCAUGAUUGUUGGAAAGGAUCCCGAAAUUGACAUUUUGACUGAUCUACCCGUCGUACCUAUGCGUAAGCUCCGCCAUCUCGAUCUAAGUCGCUGCACCCGCCUAACCAAUGCUGGAAUCAAAUCACUUGCCGGCUUUGUCCCUAAUCUCGAAGGGCUUCAGCUUGGUCGCUGCACUGCCCUGACAGAUAACGCCUUAUCCGACCUCCUUGCUAGCACACCACGCCUCACGCAUCUGGAUCUCGAAGAGAUCGGCGGGUUGACAAACACCCUCCUCUCUGAACACCUUGCUAAAGCCCCAUGCGCCCCGUACCUAGAACAUCUAUCCAUCAGUUACUGUGAGAACUUAGGAGAUACCGGCAUGCUUCCCGUAAUCCGAGCUUGUACCAGCCUCAAAAGCGUCGAUAUGGACAACACGCGUAUUAGUGAUCUCGUCCUUGUGGAAGCAGCAGCAAUGGUCCGCUCUCGGUCUUCCCGCACCACCUGCGCAAACUCUCGUCCUCGUGUUGGUCUCAGCAUAGUUGCAUUUGAUUGCCAGAACAUGACAUGGACUGGCGUCCGCGAAGUCCUAUGCCGAAACUCGGAAGUCAAAAGGCCGACAGGGGGACAGGAAGGCAUAACGUACCCAACUGAAAUCAUCGCCCUGAAAUGUUUCUAUGGAUGGCAGAUGACGGUUGACGAGCAUAUGAAGCGGGUCUUGAGAGGUGAUUUGCCUGCUGCAAGUAGGCUCGAGAGAAAAUGGGGUGAGUACAUGAUGGCCACCGAGGAAGCUGGGGUAGGUGGAUCUGGGUUGAGAAGACGAAGAAGAAGAGCGAGGGAAGCCCAAAUGAUUCAUGCUGAUGAGGAAGAGGGCGGCAUUGGCAUGGAUGGUUUCGGACGGAGAAGAGCAAGGAGCAACGGGUGUCAGAUAAUGUGA